CUUUAAGACCUUGAAAAGCCCAAAUAAUCUUGUGCGCAGAACCAGACAGAGGCAGAACGGGCUCGCAGGCGGCCUCGCCUAUAAAUAGAUAACACAGUCCGCCGCAGCAGACACCUGUCUCUCACAGUCCUCUGCGCAAACGUCAACAACGUGAAAAGACGCGCAGACACCUCGCAGCGUGAAGCAAGUUAAAAGAGCCACUGAGCACCUCCAGCGAGCAAACAAGAAAUGUGUGCAAGAAUCUGCGGAGAGACUGUUGACUGAUUGAACGAAGACUAAACACGAGGUUCUUUUAGACGAAGUGGACUGAGUGUCUCAGUGACAGCCUUGGUGAUCUGUGAAGAGCACUCAUGGCCCACCGUGUGAGCGACCCUCAGAACCGCCUGCCUGUGGCCCAGGCCACUGUGCUGGCCCUGCCACCCCCCAGCCAAGCAAAGGACUUGAGACCCAGAUGGACGGCACUGGACUCCCUGCUGUGUGGGGCAUUUGCUGGAGCUGUAGCCAAAACAGUUAUUGCACCUCUGGAUCGGACCAAGAUCAUUUUCCAAGUGUCCUCAAAGAGAUUCUCAGCUAAGGAGGCCUUCAGGCUCAUCUACUGCACUUACAUGAAGGGUGGGCUGCUCAGUCUGUGGAGGGGCAACUCUGCCACCAUGGUGAGGGUCAUGCCCUACGCUGCCAUCCAGUUCUGCUCACAUGAACAGUACAAAAAGCAUCUGGGAAGCUACUUCGGCUACCAGGGAAAAGCUCUGCCUCCCUUCCCUCGCUUCCUGGCUGGCUCUCUGGCCGGCACCACCGCUGCUAUGCUUACCUACCCUUUGGACAUGGUGCGAGCCAGGAUGGCAGUCACAGCCAGAGAGAUGUACAGCAACAUCAUGCACGUCUUUGUGCGCAUCUCCCAAGAGGAAGGCGUGAAGACUCUUUACAGAGGCUUUACUCCCACUAUCCUGGGUGUAAUCCCAUAUGCAGGGAUCACAUUUUUCACAUACGAGACCCUCAAGAAGCUACACUCAGAAAAAACAAAGCGGUCCCAACCAUACCCCUACGAGCGCUUGGCUUUUGGUGCCUGCGCAGGCCUGAUUGGUCAAUCCGCCUCGUACCCUCUGGACGUGGUACGUCGGCGCAUGCAGACGGCCGGCGUUACUGGUUCGUCAUACAGCACAAUUCUGGGGACCAUGCGUGAGAUCAUAACACAGGAGGGAGUUAUACGCGGACUAUACAAAGGCCUGAGCAUGAACUGGCUUAAAGGACCCGUCGCUGUGGGGAUUAGCUUAACCACAUUUGACGUCACGCACAGCCUUCUGCUUAAAUUGCAUCAGAUGAGCUACUUCACCCACUGAAUCAGUUGGGAGUGGCAGAGGGGCAACAAGAAGCACAGAUGAGACUGACGAGAGGGAGGUGGUCCACUCUGUAGUAUGGCAAUAAUAAGUCUCUGCACUCGGUCAUUGCAGGAUUGUCCUGCACACUCCUGUUCCCUGCAGACAGGAUGUCAGAGGAGUGGAUGAGUGGACAGGAGAUCUGUUGUGCACACAGUGUCUCAUAAUUUGUUAAACGCACAAGAUUCACUGUCGGAGAGAGUGAGGAGACAAAAAGAGGUGUCUUUAAAUUGUCGUUCACACAAUCACAACUAUGUUUUGAAAUCGCGGCACCAUCAGGGUGGCUAAAGUGAUUAGAGGUGGAUGGAUAUGGAAGUUUUUGUUUGUGUUGUGUUAAUAAGAAAAUGCUUGCACUUUAUUAAACCUACAAUGUUCUUUCAACUUAAUCCUGUAUUAACAGAAAGUACUACUUUUUAAUGAAUUGUAUUUGGAGGGAAAUUUUAUUUUAAUCACAUUGCUUUUUUUCUUUUUGAUUGUUUCAAAAUAGUGUGAUUGUGCAGUUUUAUGAUGAUAGGUUGAUAAUGCAGUUUUGUUUUUUGUUUUUAAUUUUAUGAUGGUGCCAAUGUGGGUUGAAUUAAGAUUGAUGGAGCGAAUGAUUGUACAGUAGGAGGGUGAUCAUGUCAGCAGGACUGCACAGUUUCACUGUCCUUUCAGCACUAAGGAGGUAUGAUUUAGUAAUAAAAUGUCUAAUAAAUGGUGGAUAAUCACAUAUGAGAAAUAAUUCUAUAUAUAUAUAUAAAUAUAUAUAUAUAUAUAGCAGAUUUGCUUUAUUUGCAUAUGAUUUAAGAUUUCACUUUACUGCUCACAUUGUUGUGCAGAUUAUAUCAUUGCAUUAAUUUGAUUGUAAGGUGUUGUUUACCUGAAAAAUUUAAAUAUGCCAAAGCACUAAACUCUGUCAUAUGUUUCAUGUGAAUAAGGGUAAUUAAACUUUGGCUGCUAAUGUGCAUUUCAAAGAUACAGUGUUUCCAAAAAUGUAAGUUCAAGUUAAACUGACCAUGUAAUAAAGCGUCAAGCCACAA